ACAUCCAAGCCUACAUUUUUCACUCAGAUAAACAUAUCAUGAACUAUAUAUUUGCACCUUUGCAAUUCAUUUAUCAUGAAACAAUAUAACAUAUUUACAAAACCCAUCACGGCUGUCUUCCAAUACGCCCAUUCCCAUGAACGAGCCAUUCAGGACAGGCACUACAAAGCCAGACCGAUUGCCGUAGCUCUGGUCAUUUUCCAAGCAUACCCGGAAGCUACAGAGACGGGGAGAGAGGUAACAAACGGUUACUGACUGGAGUGACUUCUGACAGAUGGGGAGGUUAAGGUGGCCAUUGAUGUUGGUCGUCAGGGAGGAUGAUCAGAACUGGGCCACAGUGGAGUCUGCCAAGGACAUAGCCCAGAUGAUGCGUGCAGCGGGUAACGAGCACCUACUGACCAUUCUACUAUACCCUGAUGCUGGACACCUCAUUGAGCUGCCCUGCACACACCCCACUUCAGAGCCACUUCAGAGCCAGCAACUUCAUAGUGCCUCAAACACGACAGAAAGUGAUCAUGUUGUGUGGGGAGGGUACCCAAAGCAGCACGCCAAUGCUCAAGAAGACUCCCGGGAAAAGAGCCUUGGCUUUCUACGGCAACACCUGUAUCCCAGCCAUGACUCUGUCGCUAAGGCCAAGCUGUGAUGUCACGCCCGAGAAGCCUCCAGGACCUAGUAUGAACUAGUCUCUCAUUCACUGUACUGUCUGAGUUUCAACCUGCCAAUAGUGUUAACACCUGUGCCUGUAACCUAACUGCCAUAGUACACAGAUGACUGAUUCCAUUUUUUGAUUCAUGAGGAAAUAUUAGGAAAUGUAUUGUCUAUGAUGUUUAUAAUAAAUCAGAGGAAGGAUAUGA